UGUCAAAGUCAAAUAAACCUGAUUUUGACUGCGAGCAAUUGUGAUUGUGAGUGGAUUCGUGUAAAUUUGACUUUUAUCAUUAAUAUUCUUCAUAUAAUAAUUUAAAAUGUCGGAAAAUGGGCACGACGAUGCGUAAGAAAACUCAAGUAUCGUUCGUCAUCCGCGACGAAGAGGAACGGCGCCAUAAAAAUGGCGUUAGUUCAUUACAGCUGGAUCCUUCUCAAGGGAGGCUCUAUUCCGCCGGUCGAGACGGCAUUAUACGAGUAUGGAAUACAGGGAAUAAUGUGCAGGAUAGAUACAUCCAAAGUAUGGAGCACCACACAGAUUGGGUGAAUGAUAUCGUCUUAUGUUGUGGUGGAAAAAAUUUGAUAAGUGCUUCAUCUGACACGACUGUGAAAGUAUGGAACGCCCCAAAAGGCUUUUGUAUGUCGACUUUACGGACACACAAAGACUAUGUAAGGACACUAGCGUAUGCUAAAGAUAAAGAACAAGUGGCUAGUGCUGGUCUGGACCGUGCUAUCUUUUUGUGGGAUGUCAAUACUUUGACUGCUUUGACAGCAAGCAACAACACAGUAACAACUUCUAGUCUUGUUGGGAAUAAAGAGUCCAUUUAUAGCCUUGCAAUGAACCCAGCUGGGACUAUUUUAGUCAGCGGGUCCACAGAAAAAGUAUUAAGAGUUUGGGACCCUAGAAAUUGCUCUAGAUUGAUGAAGCUAAAAGGACAUGCUGAUAAUGUUAAAGCUUUAGUCGUAAGCCGAGAUGGAUCACAAUGUGUGUCUGGUAGCUCUGAUGGUACAAUAAAAUUAUGGUCAUUAUCACAGCAGAGGUGCGUUUCAACAAUUAGAGUACAUUCAGAAGCUGUUUGGGCUUUGUUGGCGACUGAAAACUUCACCCACAUCAUAUCAGGUGGCAGAGAUAGACUAGUCAUUAUUACAGAAUUACGUAACCCAGAUAACUUUGUCAUAGUUUGUGAGGAAACAGCUCCUAUUUUGAAAUUAUGCUUCACAGCUGAUCAACAAGGUGUUUGGGUGUCUACAUCGGAAUCAGACAUUCGUUGCUGGAAACUGCCACCACGGAAUUCCUUAAGCUCAGAUAUGUACAAUAAUCAAAAUAGUUACAACACUAACAAUGUGUAUCAGACACAGCCAAUUCAUAACAUUCCUGGGGGGCCAGCGAUAAAACACUAUACAGUAUUAAAUGACAAAAGGCACAUAUUGACGAAAGAUACAGCAAACAACGUAGCUUUGUAUGACGUAUUAAAAGCAUGUAAAGUUGAAGAUUUAGGCGAAGUGGACUAUGAGGAAGAGGUUAAGAAGCGUUUCAAAAUGGUUUAUGUACCAAAUUGGUUUAACGUGGAUUUGAAAACUGGAAUGCUGACGAUUCAUCUGGGGCAAGAUGAGACUGAUUGUUUGAGUGCUUGGGUGAGUGCGAAAGAGGCUGGUUUGACAACGGAAAAUGAUCAGAAGGUGAAUUUUGGAGCGCUUUUGUUGCAAGCAUUAUUGGAGCAUUGGAAUCACCCAAGCAGAGUGAAUGAAUCUGGUCAGAAGGUCAUUGGUAAUACCUUCUUUAGUGUGCCAAUACACACUCCCCUGAUAUUUAGUGAAGUUGGAGGAAGGACGUUGUAUAGAUUACAGGUUGGAGAUGCAAGCGGCGAGACUGAAGGGAACUUACUGAACGAGACUGUGCCUUUGUGGGUGGUGGACGUGGCUGUUGAGAUGGCCGCUCCUAAACUCAACAAGCUGCCUUUCUAUCUUCUGUCUCACUCUAGCUGUCAGAGUAAGCAGGAUAGACAGAAAAAGGACCGCCUAGUGGCAAAUGACUUCAUCCAAUGCCGUAAAGUGGCUGAACACGUUAUAGAGAAGAUAGUCGGUUCUGGAGACGUGAACGGAGCCAGCGCUGGCAGUGGCAAGGGUAGCGCUAAUGAGGACAGCGUCAACGAUGGGACCGAUGAGAGAGUGGAACUGCUGUGUGCAGAUCAGGUGCUAGACCCCAAUAUGGACUUGAGAACGGUGCGCCAUUUUAUCUGGAAGUCCAAUGUGGAAUUCACCCUACACUACAGGGUGUUGAAACAAUGAAACGCAAUCACCCUGUGCAAGACACAAAUGAAAAAGUACUGUUCCUUCGCUUGUAUGCUCGAGUGAAUACAUAAUAUUACGCCUCUGCCCCGGAGUGGUAGGCAGAGACUGCAUCUUUCAACUUGCCACCAUAUUUCGACUGUAAGGAUAAAAAUACAGGGUGACAGUGAAAAUAUUGUGUGAACAUAAGUGUUGUGUUUGUGGGUUUUUAAAUGGUGUCCAAGUUUCUGAUGAAAUAUUUCAGGGCCAAAUUAUGCAGAUUUACCUUUAAAGAAUAAUACGAAUGUCAUAUUGUAUUUGAAAAUACUGAUACACAGUCCAAGUUCCAUGGUCAAGGGCCUACCCUGGACUUGUCUCCAAAGUGGUGAGGAUGCAACAUAUAUACAUACAUAUAGUCAAGUCUAUAUCCCUUGUGAGGAAUACAGAGCCAACAGUCUUGAAAAAACUGAUCGGCCAUGUUCAGCUAUUUGGCUUAAUGAUAGAAUUGAGAUUUAAAUAGUGACAGGUUGCUGACCCAACGCCUAAAAAAGAAUCCCAAGUUUGUAAGCCUAUUACGACAGUAGUAGUCGCCUUUUACGACAUCCAUGGGAAAGAGAUGGAGUGGUCUGUGAUUCUUUUUUGUAUUGGUGCCGGGAACCACACGGCACUGAGGUGAGGAUGCAACCGGGACUAUAGCUAGUAGAAAUCAGAUUGUAUUUGAAAAUAUAGGAUUGAUGUGUUUCAUACCUCACACUUUUAUGCGUUGUUUUUAAGCUGUCAUAUACUUCUUCGAAAAUUAGAUGCAAUAUAAUAAUACUACCAUCAAUUGUGACGUCACAUUCAGCAGUAAUUACUACUUCUGUAGUCUUAUAUGUAUUAUUACGUAUUCUUUGUAAAUUGAGCUAUACAAAAUAUGUUCUAAUCUUGUAGUGUAAAAGAUAAAUUUUGAUAAGUCACAGGUCAUUCUGAUGAUUUUUUAGUCUGGUCCUACCCGGGGAUCGAACUUGAGACCUCUGAAUAACUUGGCGUGUUAAUAAAUAUGAUGUUAUUUCAUCUAUUACCUAAAAAAUAUUAAUUAUCAGUCUAUCCAAAGAAAUCUGAAGCGAAAAGCGACAUUGUUUUGCCGAGUUUUCAUUCACUUAGUCCCCUUUUCCGACAUUCACUGAAAAUUUAGAUUGUUUUAAAAAAAAAUGUGUUAUCCUGUGUUAGGUCCAGUGCAGAUAAAAUUUUGAUAGUGGUAUAAAAUACCGUGUGGUUCCCGGCACCAAUAAAAAAAGUAUAACGACUACUUACUAUAUAGGCGACUAAGGGGUGAACUUUAAAUUUGAGAUUCUUUAAGGCGAUGGGCUAGCAACCUGUCACUAUUUGAAUCUCAAUUCUAUUAUUAAGCCAAACAGCUAAGUGUGGCCUAUUUUCAGUAUUUUCAAGACUAUUUGCUCUGUUUACUCCGCACGCAAGAGAUAUAGACGUGAUUAUAUGAACGUAUAAAAUUGUAUUAAUUACAUAGGUUUAAACAAUAGAAAAUGACACACUUAAAAAGUAUGUUUUUUUAUUGCUUCAUUGUUCUUCAGUUUCUCAUCAUAAGUCUUAUUCUUAGCCAAAUAAAAUUCACAAAUGAAAUGUAUUAGUAAUGUCUUGCCUAAAUGAUUAUGUUCGUUAAUUAAUAUUUUUUUGAAGAUCGGAGUGCUUUUUAUAUUAUACUUAUUUCGAAUUUUAGUCAUUCGUGCUUUGUUUACAUGAACUUAGUAACUAAAUAUUGUAAUCUACAGAUAGUCGCGUAGAUUUCUCACUUAAUAUAUAGGAGACAAAUUACACAGAUUGAGUUAGUCUCGUAGUAAGUUCGAAACUUGUAUUACGAGAUACUAACUCAACGUGCUGCCCUCAUUUGAAAUAAAUCAUUUUAUCUAAAACAAAGACGAAAAUUAUAAAGCUCUACUUUAAAUUACUUAAUAAUAUUACAAGCUAUUGUAAUGGGCUAGUACGUCUGGGUGUAUUAUGUAGUUUUCUUACUUAAUAAAGAUAACAUCUGAUUUAUUUAACCUAGCCCAAUAAAGCGCUUGUAAUAUUAUCUGGUAAUUUAAUGUAGAACAUUUAAUAUUUUCGUCUUGCUUUAGCUAAAAUGAUUUAAAUGAGGGAACUGCGCCGUUGAAAAAUGUGACUAUGGAUGGGUAGGCAGAGGACUACAUCUUUCUACUUGCUACCAUUUACGCAUCUUUUUCUUCAUGUACAUGCAAUCUAGUCAGUUUAGAGUACUCUUAACCUGACAUUUCGCCAGGAUAUCUCCAAUUUAAUCAAAGUAUGUUCGUAGGCCUUCCUGUCACCAUCUAAGCAUUGUUUUUUCUGUUGUUGUCAUUAUAUCUUCUCCCACAUAAUAAGUGGCUUUAUUGAAGCAUAUCCCUUAUCUGAACUCUUUCUAAAAUUUCCGUUAAUGUCCGUUCUCGUGGGAGAUUCGGAAAACCCUUUAUUAUUGGAUCACUGAAAGAGCCUGCAUUGCAUUGCAUGUAUUUUUUAUAUAAAUAGAUUUGAUUAAGUCAGGUAAUAUUAUUUAACCAAUGGAUAUAUUUUAACUGCAUCUUUAACUAAAUACUAAGCUCAUGUGAACGAAGCAUCUUCAAUAUCUACAUAUAAUUUAAAUUUUGACUGUAAUAUUGUCACAUAGUGUAAAUCUAUUUAAGUAUAGAUAAAUAAAUAAGCUAUAAAAUUCA